AUGGAGGGCUCUGCAUUCAGCCCACUCAACAUAUCGGGGGCACCGCCGUUCCGAUUAAAGCGGAAGGACUGUGAGCGGCCGUGGCGUCCCGGCUGUGCUGCGCCGGGCGGCCGGGGCCGGGCCCACGGCAAGAGGAAGAGCUGGAACUUCAUCCACGAGAAGAUGAGCUACGACACCUUCUUCACCAUGAAGCGGCUGAUCGAGCGCUCGCGCAGCGUGGGCGAGGUGCUCCGCUGGGUCACGCAGAACCCGGGCAAGGUGUCGGCUAGCCACUACCCCAUAGCGCUUCACAAGCUGGGCCAGCUCCUGCAGCAGCAGCCAGGGCCGCCCGUGGGGGCCGGGGACGGCCGCGGGCCCGCGGGGCAGGUGCUGGAGCAGCCCGAGUUCCACGUGCUCUGCCAGGCCAUCGUCAGCGGCUGCGCCAAGUUCGACAACUUCAGCAUCGUCAACUGCCUGUACGCAGCGGCUGCGCUGGGGCUGCCCGGGGAGUCGCCGCUCGUGCGGGUGCUGGAGGACGAGUCCCGCAGCCGCCUGGGCCGCUUCAACCAGAAGGACGUGUCGAUGGUGUUCAGCAGCGUGAUGCGGCUGCACCCCUCCAGCCCCCACCCGCUGGUGGAGUCGUGCCUCAGCAGCUUGGAGCGGCACCUGGAGAAGGAGCGGCACCCCCAGACCCUGUUCCUGCUGCUCUCCUACUACCGGCUGCGGGCGCAGGCGCUGCAGGGCCACGCCGCCUCUGACCAGCAGCUCAUCAACAACCGCAAGAUCCUGCGCCUGGUGCGGCACACGCUGGGCCAGGUGAGCGCCAUGAGGGAGCACGAGCUGGCGCUGCUGGACGAGAUGCUGGCCCUGUGUGCGCAGGAGGCCAACAACAAGGCCCUGGAGGCCAUCUUCAGCUCCCAGCUCUUCUACGAGAACCGGCAGGAGCGCUUCAUUCGCAGCAUGGCAGAGUGGCUGCCCCGGAAGGCAGAGAACCUCACCCCCUACACCAUGGCCCUCAUCGCCAAGUACGUGGCGCGGCACCGGCUGCGCGAGCCGCGGCUGCUCGACACCAUCGCCAGCUUCCUGCUGAAGCGCGGGGAGCAGCUCGACAGCAAGGUGAUCCAGAAGUUGGUGUUUCCCUUCAGCCGGAUGAACUACCGCCCCUCCAACCACGGCGAGCUCUUCCCCAAGCUGGAGGCCAUCUUGGAGCAGAAGGCCGGCAGCUCCCCACUGGCCACCGUCAACAUCCUCAUGUCCAUGUUCCAGCUCAGCCACUUCCCACAGACUGUCCUGCACCAGGUCUUCUCCCCAGGCUUCAUCAGCAACGUCAUGAGCAGCCCCUACGCGCUGAUCGUGCGCCGGUACCUGUCGCUGCUGGACGCGGCCGUGGAGCUGGAGUUCCGCGAGUACAGCGGGCCCCGCCUCGACCCGCGCUACCGCGUGCUCAUGUUCGAGCACGCCCUGACCGCCGACGAGGCCAACAGGAAGUACAGCUACAAGGGGCUGGUGGCUGAGGCGCUGCGGCAGCUGGUGGGGGAGGAAUGCUACCGGCAGGACGAGGUGCUGCCCCCCGGGUACUGCACAGACUUCCUGCUGUGGAUCAACCGCUCGGGCACGGUGCUGCCUCUGUCACGCGUUCCAGCAGCUUCCAGGGCCCCCCCAGCCCCGUCCCCUGUCACCAUGUCCCUGCGGACCAGCGUCCUCGCCCUCACCUCGGAUUUGCAGGACUUUGCCCCGUUUGCUGCAGAGACGCCCAGCAGCCCCCCAGGGCCCCGGGAGAGCGGCCGGGCGGGGCGGUUCCUGCCGGCGCUCUGCCCGGCCCCGGGGGGGCCCUGCUUCCAGCCCCCCUCGGACUAUUUCUGCGGGCUGAGCAAGGAGCCGUCCCUGGGCAGCCCGGGCAGCUCCUCGCUCAGCAGCCCCUCCGAGUGCCUCUCGGCGCCGCCACCCGCCACCCCCGACUGCUCGCCCCGCGCCUCCGCCGCCUCCCUCUUCCAGUUCCCCAUCGGCAAAAUCCUGGAGGAGGAGGAGGAGGCUGCCUGCCCCGGCCAGGAGGGGGCCCAGGAGCAGCCCGAGGAGCGCAGCCCUCCCGGCAGCGAGGACGCCGCUGCGCCGGGCUCGCCGCGCCGGCCCAGCCCCAAGCGGGGCCCGGGCGAGGGGCCGCAGGGUGCCGAAGACAUCCAGAGGGUGGUGCUGUCGGUCAAUGACAAGUGGCACUACUGCCAGAACUCCGACAUCCUGGUGGGCUCCCGGGCCAUGAGGGACCGGCACCUGCGGCUGCUGGGAUACUGUCUGGUGCAGCUGCCUUACACGGAGCUGGAGAAGGUGAGUGGCAUCGAGGAGGCCAAGCACUACCUGCGGCAGAAGCUGAGGGAGCUGCGCUUCUGAGGGACGGAUCCGGGGGGUGUGGGGGGCCAGGUGGGUGCUGCCAGCCCCUUCCCCUGCGCAGGGGGAUACGGAGCUGCCCCCCAUCCGGGGGCUCAGGGGGAUAUGGAGAUGCUCCCCAUCUUGGGGGGCCAGGCUGCGGGGCCAGGCUGUGGGCACCUGCUCCUGCUGUGGGGCUGGGGGAGUGUGAGAU